AUGGGAGGUCUUUUCAGUCGUCAUAGGUCCAGGGUUACUGAACAAGAUAAAGCGAUUCUUCAAUUGAAACAGCAACGAGACGAACUGAAGCGUUAUUCCCGAAGGACCAAUGAUGCGAUUGCUAAAGAUAAUGCUGUAAUCAAAGAUCUCGUCGCACGCAAUCAGAAACAACGCGCCCUCCUACUGCUUCGAAAGAAAAAAUAUCAGGAAAAUUUGCUUGAGCAGUCUGAAAAGCAUCUCACCACCGUCGAGGGUCUUAUUAACGACAUUGAAUUUGCCCAGGUUCAGGUCGAAAUUGUCGCCAGUCUAAAAAAGGGUAAUGAAGCUUUAAAGCAACUUAAUGCUCUCAUGCGCAUGGAUGAUGUCGAGAAAAUACUCAGCGAUGCACAGGAAGCUCAAGAUUACCAGGCAGAAUUAAGUGCACUGAUUUCUGGCAAUCUGUCAUCUAGUGAUGACGCAGAAGUUGAGUUGGAACUGGAAAGGCUACUGGCUGACAGCCAUGCAGGCGAUCUUCCAGCUGUUCCAGAUCAUGACAUUCCCCCUCCCGUAUCCUCUGCAAAGAAAACCAGAAGGACUGACGCGAUGAAAACACCAUCCAGAUUCGCCGAUUCGUAA